UAAACAUAACAUUGGAAAAGUCUAAAUUUCUAGUAAGCAUAUAAUAGAGACCAACAAUGUUAGUUCUUAUUCUCAAAUGUUCUUGUCUUGUACCCAAAUGGAGUUUGGUAGCAGAAACAUGUUUCAUAUUUCAAGUGUAACAUUUUUUGUGGUGUUAUCUAUAGCUACUACCACAGUGAUUGAAAGUAGCAGCAAUAGUGAGUGCAAUUUCCGUGCAAUCUUUAACUUUGGUGACUCAAACUCAGACACUGGUGGCUUGGCUGCUUCCUUUGUAGCACCAAAGCCACCAUAUGGAGAGACUUAUUUCCACAGACCUAAUGGGAGGUUCUCUGAUGGCCGUCUAAUUGUUGAUUUCAUUGCUCAAAGUUUUGGACUCCCUUAUCUAAGUGCAUAUCUUGAUUCAUUGGGGACCAAUUUUUCACAUGGUGCAAACUUUGCAACAACAUCAUCAACAAUUAGACCCCCACCAAGUAUUAUACCUCAGGGUGGAUUCAGUCCUUUCUACCUUGAUGUCCAAUACACUCAAUUCAGAGAUUUCAAACCUAGAACACAAUUCAUUAGACAACAAGGAGGAUUAUUUGCAAGCUUGAUGCCCAAAGAAGAGUAUUUCUCUAAGGCUUUGUACACAUUUGAUAUUGGUCAAAAUGAUCUUGGUGCUGGCUUUUUUGGAAACAUGACUAUACAACAAGUAAAUGCUUCUGUGCCAGAGAUAAUCAAUAGUUUCUCCAAAAAUGUUAAGGACAUAUACAAUUUGGGUGGUAGAUCAUUUUGGAUACACAACACAGGACCCAUUGGCUGCCUCCCUUAUAUUUUGGUGAAUUUUCCAUUAGCUGAAAAGGAUGAAAAUGGUUGUGCAAAGCAAUAUAAUGAAGUAGCGCAAUAUUUCAACCUAAAGUUGAAGGAAGCAGUGGUUAAACUUCGUGAUGAUCUUCCUUUGGCUGCAAUCACAUAUGUAGAUAUCUACUCUGUUAAGUAUUCCCUUUAUAACAACCCAAAAAAAUAUGGAUUUGAGCAUCCCCUAAUUGCUUGUUGUGGCUAUGGAGGAGAGUAUAAUUACAGCAGUAGUGUUGGAUGUGGAGGAACCAUAAAGGUCAAUGGCACUCAAAUUUUUGUAGGUUCAUGUGAAAGACCAUCUGCAAGAGUGAAUUGGGAUGGAGUUCACUACACUGAAGCAGCUAGCAAGAUUAUUUUCCAUGAAAUUUCUUCUGGAGCUUUCUCUGAUCCACCCAUUUCCUUGAAUAUGGCAUGCCACAGAAAUUCUACCAAAAUAUAUUGAGCUUUAUUUGCUUAUUGAUGCAAAAGUUUAUUACAGAAUAAAGUGUUCUUCCACAUCAUACCUUAAUAUUCCAUCUCACAAGAAAUACAUUGGGUUAACCUAUGAUUUCAAUGCCAAUUUCAUACUCAUA